AAAUGGCCAGGCGUUCACAACGUUCAAUCUUAGAUCGAUCGCAUUACUAAUUCACAAGCAAGCUAGCAAGCAAGCAGGUCUUCUCAGAUGCUGCAAUAUCUUCCUACAGCCUGUUGUUAGAGGGCGGUAAUCUGUGUGCUCUCUACGCAUUUCACACACGCUCCUGCUUGGCAUUGAUAGGACGAAGUGACAGAAGAUCACGUCGGCCUUAAUCAGCAUUGUUGAUUGUUGGAUUGGUAGCCGCUUUGUGUGGGUGCAGAUAGCAGCUGCUUACCAUGGCCAUGGUUGCAUCAAUUGCCCGGUCCAAUGCCGCAACCGGGAUCACAACGUGCUCCGCAUCGCACCAGAAGGAAAGGAACUGUGGCAGGGCAUCACCUGCAUUCUUCAGAUCCCCACCACUUGCAGCCAAGCAGACUGUUUCACCACACAAGGUCUUGUGUUCCUCAUUCGCUGGGGUUGAAAUCAAGAUUCCCUCUAGGCCCCUCAGCAGACAGACGAAGGCAGUCGACAGAGUUCGGUGCCAGGCAGCAGCUGGAGGGGAAGAAGCGGCCCCUCUUGAAAUUCCAAAGGUUGAAACCCCAAAGGAAACCGAGCUCACGAAGACUCUGCAGCUAGGGGCCCUCUUCGGCGGGUGGUACUUGUUUAAUAUUUACUUCAACAUCUAUAACAAGCAGGUCCUCAAGGUGUUCAAGUUUCCCAUAACCUGUACGCAAGUGCAACUAGGCGUGGGGCUUGUCUGGUCCCUCUUUAUGUGGGGCACAGGCCUGUACCCAAAGCCCAACAUCUCCAGAGACCAGCUGAUCGCGAUCACGCCGCUAGCUCUCGUCCAUGCGCUGGGGAACUUGUUUACCAACCUGAGUCUGGGCAAGGUCGCCGUCUCAUUCACGCACACCAUUAAAGCGAUGGAGCCGUUCUUCUCGGUGCUACUCUCCAGCAUCUUCCUGGGAGACAAACCGCAACUACCAAUCGUUUUGUCUUUGCUGCCAAUCGUGGCCGGCGUCGGGCUUGCAUCCGCAACGGAAGCCUCCUUCAAUUGGGCGGGCUUUUUGAGCGCCAUGGCCUCCAACCUCACCUUCCAGUCGCGCAACGUCCUGUCAAAGAAAGUCAUGGUCAAGAAAGAGGGGUCUUUGGACAACAUCAACCUGUUCUCUGUCAUCACCAUUAUCGCCUUCUUCCUCCUCCUUCCGCUGACUCUUGCCACGGAGGGCGUCAAGCUGACGCCAGCAUACCUGGAAGCAGCGGGAUUGGACGUGAAGCAGGUGUUGACACGUGCCCUCCUCGCCGGCUUCUGCUUCCACGCCUAUCAACAGGUGUCGUACAUGAUCCUGUCCAAGGUGACGCCCGUGACGCACUCGGUCGGGAACUGCGUGAAGCGGGUCGUCGUCAUCGUGACGUCAGUGAUCUUCUUCAAGACGCCGGUGUCCGCCAUCAACGCAGUCGGUACGGCCGUGGCUCUCUCCGGCGUCUUCCUGUAUUCACGAGUCAAGGCUUCGAUGACGAAAAAGGAAAAGUUGGCUUGAUGUCGCAAAAGGUCGGUUCGGCUUUGAGGUAGACUUGCCUAGCUUUGGAGACCAUAACUCGGACCCAAGGUGUGGCCAAGGUAAAUGCAAACUCGAACGAAGACGUAGCACUUUGUCCGAAGGGCCUAUGCACUUGCGUUUUGAAGAUAUACAUAAGGUGUCUUAGUUGAAGCCCCAUUUGACAUUGAUCUAGACAUUAUUGAACACUUAGAGCAUGUGUAUGGGAACCCUGUACAAAUCAUGAAGCUUGAGCACGGCAUGCGUGCUAAUGAAAAGCUUGGUAAUAUUUCUGCUUGUACGUGAUCAGGGCCGUUUACCGCAACUUAGGCCGUCAUCGAAGCUUAUUGUACUAGUUUCCACAAGCGC